UAUGUUUUUCACUCCCAAUGCAGCCUAUCGCGUGACAACCACUAACUGUACAUCCGGGAUUUGCCGUCACUGACACCAGCAUAUGACGUUAAUUGUUAAACCCUGUUCUGAAGCGACGGGUCCUCCUCAAAGCUCCGGCGUGCAGGUGUAACGUAAACCAUGGUUGACGUCAAUAUCAAAGACUUCCUAGAUGCUGUCAAAAGAGGCAUCGAUGGUCGGAAACUGAAGCAGUACCUUCUGGUGUCAAAAGCAAGCGACUUCCGGUGUUGGGCAGACGACAAUGGACUGGAUGCCCUGCAUCACACCAUCCUACUCAACAACCCGGAGGCUCUACAGCUUAUCCUCUCGGAGGGCUACUUUGCACAUCCACACGAACCGAAAGUAAAUCCCUACGCACACCUCGCUGCUAGACUGGGUUUCCGAACAGCCCUCAGUAUCAUUUUACAGUUCCGACCAGACGACUUCCGGAUGGUGUCCGGAAAGUUUGUCAUACCAGGUCAAGAUGACGACGGUGAUGAAGGAAUGAACAGUCCUCUUGACGUUGCUGCUAAAUAUGACCACAUCGAAUGCGUUCGGACAACUCUGAAUAUGUGUGUCAUCAAAAGGUACCCUGAAGCUGCCUCCAAAGACGAUGUAAGCCUCGCAUGUCUUGCAGAUUCGCCGCUGGCACUUGAACUUGUCCUCAAACAAAACCCAUCAAAGACGGACAUCAAGUCUGGUAUAGAAGUGUCCCUUCAAUACGCGAGACCCGACUGUCUUGAUAUUCUUUUGAAGCAGGGAAUAUCGACCUCGUCGCUCUUCAAACAGAUGAACUUUUACCACGUGCUCUAUACCUACAGUCAGUCUUUCGCCAAAGGAGGUCAUUCGCUCCUUCCAAAGAUAACGUCCAUUCUUAUCAAUCACGGACACUCUGUGAAAGCAUGUAAGCCUCCAAGAACAUAUCCUCUGUACAGCUUGUUAAGCAACGCCUUCUGUAUUCAUGACAACGACAACACUCAGUACUACAUCCAAUGCAUGAAGCUGCUGCUUCGCAAGGGAGCUGACCCCUGCUUUGACGAGGUCAAGGACGAAGCAGGUCAAGUCAAACGUGGGGUUAAACCAGUCACCGGGAGACACGCCUUCUCGUCUGCUCUACACUGUUUACUGGAGACGGUUGAGGUCUUCGCUUCGGUUUUGGAAUCGCGUACUCUAGCUGUGAAGUUUGUUGAAGGAUGUGCCGACAUUUUGGGCCAGUACCACGCCCAUGCCAACCAGAUCGGAAGGGUCGGGGGUAACAAGAGCAGUUUACGGGGAACGGUUCUUCAUCAGUAUGCUAAAUGCAGUGUCGUCAUCGGAGUCGAUGAGGCCAUAAUGAAAUGUAUGCUACGCCAUGGAGCUGACCCCAAUGAAAAGGUCAAUGGGAAAUAUGCCGUGAACAGCUACCUUGACAUGUUGUUUGAGAAACUGUCUCUAUGUCAGGUGGUCGACACGCAGCAUAAAUACAAGAAAGAGGUGGAUACAAUGUUGAACAUUUGUACGUUCAUGUCAUCCACGUCUGUCACAGAGAGUGCGAAGAUAUUCAAAAACGAACAUUCACGGCAUUUAUCCCAGCAGGUCAAACCGUACGUCAAAUACGUCAGGGAGGAGCUAGACAGAAGAUGUCACGUGAUACGAUCACUGCGCCGCCUAUCGGCGUGGAAGGUAUGGCAGCUCUGUGGGAUGAAAGGGUCAGCCGUCCACGCCUUGCCUGUAUCGGUUAAGAUCAAAACGGACAUUCUGCCAAUUCUAUGAUUUCACUUAUUCUGUCAGUUUCUAUGUACAUUGUAUUGUAGAAGUCAGAAAAAGUCAAAAUAAUUCAACUUUGAGGGGUGGUCGGGUAGCCUAGUGGUUAAAGCGUUCACUCGUCACGCUGAAGACCCAGGUUCGAUUCCCGACAUGGGUACAAUGUGCGAAGCCCAUUUCUGGUGUCCCCGCCGUGAUAUUGCUGGAAUAUUGCUAAAAGCGGUGUAAAACCAUACUCACUCACUCACUUGAAUCGGAGAAUCUCAUAAUAUUUUGUUUGCAUUUCGGAAAAAUACAAAAACACAUGUCAGCAUAACAGUGUAAGAAAUUCCAGUCAUAUAGUGUUGGUGAUAGCCAUCAGACCGAUUGUCAUCAACAGAGACCAUAAUAUACAACGCUAUGGUUUCUGGCCUCAAAAGAGAAUUAAGGUACAAAUGUGGAUUCGAAUUGGUCUCCUUGUCGUAAGAGGCGACUUACGGGAUCGGGAGGUCAGACUCGCUGACUUGGUCUAUGCAUGUCAUCAUGUCCCAAUUGCAUGGAUCGAUGCUCAUGAUAUCAAUCACUGGCUUGUCUGGUCCAGACUCGAUUAUUUAAAGACCGUCUUCAAAUGGCUGGAAUAUUGCUAAGUGCGGCUUUAAACAACAAUCAAAACCAAAACAACACUUGGUUUGGCGCGUGCACAACAACACGUUAACCAACCAGAUUAAAGGUUAAUGGUUUUGUUGUUGGGUUUUUUUUCAUUGUGUAUACCUGUAGAAACACAUAGCUUGGUCUGCUUGACACAGAAAAACUUUGCUGAUGAAUUUAGCAUUAUUAUGGCAUCAAUAAAAUAUACAAAUUUGAUUAAAAAACACACGAGAGGAGAAAUAUUAGAUGUAUCGCAUUCCAAGGUCAUAUAUCAUUUAAGUCAGGAGUUGAUAUCCCUUUGGUUUUGAUUGUACCAAAGUAUUUAACUGUUGAUGACGCCGCUUUUAUCCUUUCUUUAAAUUUUAAGCGAUAGCAUAAGAAAACAUGUGGUAAUUAUAGGAAUAUUGUUUUGUAUGGUGUCAGUGAAGAAAACCACUAUUCUGAAGUUAUGAAUUUUAUGUUGUUAGCUACAUUUACUAUAUACAGGUGUAGAAUAUAUUAAAAAUAUAUAUAUUCCGAUAAGAUUUGUUAUUACACUGCAAAUUACUGAAGUAUACCAAUUCGUCCAUUGCAUCAAAACUAAAAAUUGUUGUUGAUGUUCUUCUAAUUACUUUGUUUCUUACAACGUGGAAGCUAUAUCCCCUGAUACGCCUAUCCCCGUGGCUGUAUGCAGGGUUAUAAAAAAGUGGAAUCAUGAUAGAUGCUGUUAAAAAAAGAAGAAAAUGAAACCCAGACAGUAACUGAUACAGCUGAAAAAGGAAGAAAAGAAGGUGAUAGCCUUCAGUUGAUGCAUGUAUGGAACAAGUGCCAUGGUUUUAUUAAAUGUUAU